AUGUUACCGAGCUGUGAGUCGAUGGCGAGUCUUUCCCUUAUUUUAUUAUCGUGUUAUAUUCUCAGGAUUGUUGCUGGCAAUGAGCUCAACGAAACCACGACUAAGAUAACAGAAGUGGUGACACAAAAUGUUAAUGUUCCAUUUGCUAGUAUGGAAAUAGAAGCAUCACAACAAUUGGACGGUAUUGAAGCUGAUAGUACACCUCAUUUUAUAUGUAAGCUUAGUGAACCUAGUCAUAUCUGGUGGACAUUUAGUGAUAAAAAUGUCACGACGAUUAAUGAAUCCGACUACAGGGCGAGGUUUGAUUUGAAGAAGGCUAGUAGGAAGGAUUCGGGUAAUUAUAGUUGCAGAGCCAAGACUUAUGGUGGUGAAUUUUUAGAAAAAACUAUUUCCAUACGGGUCAUAGAACCUGGUAGAACUGAACCAAUUCAAGACAUUUGGGUGAAUGCAACAGCGCCAGUAAUCCUAAAAUGUAACUUCCACGGUUUCCCUCUCCGUAAUUUCUCUUGGAUAAAAGGAAACAACACGGAAAGCAUAGAAGACUUGCGAGAGCAAACUCACGUGAUAAAAGUCAACGAAACAUAUUACGUAUCGAUGUUAAAUUUCACCCGAGUAUACAGAAAUGACAAUGGAACAUACUCGUGUUUAUCCCACGAUUUUAAUAACUUAGUAGUAGGCCUGAGGAAUCUUUUUGUUGUUGACGUUCCUCAGGUGAACAUUGACUUUAUAAAAGCAGUUGGUGCUGAUAAAAUCUACCUUAAUUGGACAGUUAACGAUGGUAAUAAACCGAUAUUACAUUACAAUGUUAAGUUUAGAAAAAAUGGUACAAGUGAUAUUGUAUAUUACCGCGAAAGAAUAAGCGGAAUUCACAAAAGUUAUGUACUUAAAGGUUUUGAAAAAUCCACGGCUUACCAAAUAAGUAUAGAAGCUACCAAUGAAAUCGGAGACUCCCAAGUAUAUACCGAUCAAAGAUUAAUAACAACCUUGAAUGAAGAUCCGGUAUUUGUACCAACGGGAAUUGUUAAAGGUAUUACCGGUGGGUCUAUAACACUCGGGUGGACUCCACCGCCUCCGGGAUUAAAAGAGCACGUACAUUAUUACAAUCUAAUGAUUAUCCACGGGAAUGAAAAAAAAGAAGCUGUACAUCACGCGCAAUCCGAAUUUAAAGAGCACGCAUUUACAGAUUUAUCACCAGCAACUACUUAUCAAUUUAAAAUAGCUGCCUGCAGUUAUUACACCCAACAAUGCGGCAAUUGGAGCGCUGAAAUAAAUGGCACUACCAUGGACGGAGUUUGUAGCGCGCCUCAAAAUUUUACUGUGAAUUGUCACUUUGACAACAUUAGCCGGUCAAGUUCUGUCUCAGUAACUUGGAGCCCUCCUGCAAUUUUAAACGGAGUAAUUACUCGUUACCAAUUAGACCUAUCGGGAAUUUCUCACUACCGCAACGAUCGAUCCCAAAGCAAAACUGAUCGUUGGGGACCCGUGAGCCACAGCACCCGAGAAAAUGAUUACAAUUGGGAGUUUAGAAGCGUACCUGCUAAUACUAAUUACACUGUGCGUAUUUAUGGGGUGACUAGAGUUAGAUCUCCCGGAAAAGAAGCUGUAGCAAAUUGCAGCAUGCCAGGAACUAUUCCGGAUCGUGAAGAUUUAAAUGCAAGGAGUUGGAGAAAAAUUGCUAAUGAUGGAAGACAUUUAUUUAAAAUUAAUCUUCCCAGAAUAUCGGAGCGCAAUGGUCCCAUUUGUUGCUAUAGAAUUUUUUUAGUUAAAUUAGCGCCUUAUAAAACUUGGGCUGAUCUUCCGCCUCCGGAGGAAUUAGAUGUUCAUUCUUAUCACUACGCUCAUUUGUCCCCCGCCGGUGGAGCUUAUGUUGCUGAAAUGUUUGACAGUGAUCAUUUAAUUCCAGAGAUUUUUCUUGGAGAUGAAAGUUUAACUACUAUUGCUACGAGAAGAAGGCGAGAUAAUUCCAUUGGUGAUAAUAUGCUCAUUGAAAAUACUUCGGAUUCUGGUCAGUUUGUGCCGAUAGACGGGUUCCUAGAUGAGCAUUCUAAUUAUACGGCGUUCAUUGAAGUGACAGUAUACGGAAGUCAAGAAGGCCAAGUAAUACCCGCAUACAGUGGCUAUUUAAACACACUAUUCGGAGGACUGGAGCCUCGCGCAAUGGUCAGUGAACAAGGAGGAACUCUUGGAGUGAUACUCCAAGUCUCAGUUGCCUUAAUAUUAAUUGUGAUAAUUCUGCUAGUGGCACUGUGCGCUCUGCACAGGUAUACAAAGCGCGCCGAGCAGAAUGGCGAAGAGAACAUUAAUUUAAGGAACAGCAUCAGGCAUCUCUGCAGGAGCUUAAGAGGAAGGCAUCAACUUGUAGCAGCUAGUCCUCCGGACAUGCCUCCGAUUCCUAAAAAUGAGUUGCUUCAGGCUUACAUGGAGCGUCAUCGAGAUUCUGACUACGGAUUUCAACACGAGUUUGAAUUAUUGCCAGACAGAUUCACCGAUCGCACUACCCGCGGAUCCGAAGCGCGAGAAAAUCUCUACAAAAAUCGGUACCCUGAUAUUAAAUCUUACGACCAGACUCGAGUAAGAUUGUCACUUAUAGACGGAAUUAUUGGCUCAGAUUAUAUAAAUGCAAACUUUGUGCUUGGUUAUAAAGAGAGGAAGAAAUUUAUUUGCGCUCAAGGACCCAUGGAUAAUACAGUUUGUGAUUACUGGAGGAUGAUUUGGGAGCAACAUCUUGAAUUAAUAUUAAUGUUGACAAAUCUUGAGGAAUAUUCUAAAACAAAGUGUGCUAAAUAUUGGCCAGACAAAGAUGAGACUAAAAAUUUUGGUGAUAUUACUGUUGAGCAUGUAAGACAAAGAACAUUUUCUGAUUACGUUGUUCGGGAAUUAAAAAUGACCAAAGUUGGAGAACGUGACUCUAGAACAAUUGUUCAGUAUCACUUUUUAGUUUGGAAAGAUUUUAUGGCUCCAGAACAUCCUCAUGCAAUUCUUAAAUUUAUUAAACGAAUUAACGAAGCGUAUUCUUUGGAGAAGGGUCCGAUUUUGGUACACUGUAGCGCGGGUGUUGGAAGAACUGGUACACUGGUAGCUCUAGAUUCUUUAUUACAACAAUUAGCUGAUGAAGGACAAGUUUCUAUCUUUAAUACUGUUUGUGAUCUACGGCAUCAACGGAAUUUCUUGGUGCAGUCUUUAAAGCAAUAUAUAUUUAUUUAUCGUUCUCUGAUGGAGAUGGCGACUUAUGGAGACACUGAAGUUCCUCUAGGACAAUUAAAAGCUACGGUAGAGAAAUUGAGGCAGCGGGAAAAUGGAAAAGAUAAGACUCGGUUGGAAGAAGAGUAUGAAGAUCUUGUUACACAAUCACAAAAAAUAAGCGCUGUUUUAGAGGAGCGUAAAUCAUUUUCAGUAGGUAGCGGUGAUGAGAAUAGAAUUAAAAAUAGAAGCGAAUUGGUUAUCCCCUAUGACCGCAACCGCGUUAUAUUGACUCCUAUACCGGGUCGUGAGCACUCUACAUAUAUUAACGCAUCGUUUAUAGAGGGAUAUGAUAAUUUUGAAUCAUAUUGGCCAGAAGAUGAAGCCGUUUAUGACCAUAUCAGAGUGUCUUAUAUUCAAAGUGAGAGUUGUCCAUAUUACACCCGGCGCGAGCUUUGUGUAGCAAAUACAAAGACCGAUGAAACUGCAGUAGUAACGCAAUAUCAAUAUCACGGUUGGCCAACGGUUGAAGGUGAAGUGCCAGAAGUAACUCGUGGACUUAUUGAGCUUGUUGAUCAAACAAGCUCCACAGAUGUUGAAUCAAAAGUUCCUAUUGUCGUCCAUUGUAGCUUUGGCUCGGAUAGAAGUUCGAUGUUUGUUGCUCUCAGUAUAUUAGUACAACAGUUGAAAACUGAAAAACGUGUCGACGUUUUCACGACAACGAAAAAGCUCAGGUCACAGAGACAUGGCAUGAUUAGUAGCUCCGCGCAGUAUGAUUUCCUCCACAGAGCAAUUAUGAAUUAUGCAGACCUACAUAAUUUAACAGAAGACGAGUCUAAUUCAUAA